AUGUCGGAGCUUGAGCCUAUAGGCCAUCAGCUUGUUAUUGUGACUCUCGUAUUUGGGACCGUAGCUCUAGCUACACUGUCAAUACGCUUAGGAUUCAGGAUCCAGAGGAGAAAAUACGAUGUCUCGGAUACCUGCUUAGUCGCCGCUAUGAUAUGUGGCAUAUUCCAGAGCGCCAUCCAGAUCAUCCUUGUUGCUGAAUUCGACUACGGAAAAGCAAAAGCGGACAUACCAGACCAUUUGCAGAGCUCCACAUGGCCUGUAAAAUUAUCGUACAUUAACCAAAUCAUCUUCAAGCUCACAACACCACUCUGCAAGCUUUCGCUUUGCUUGUUAUAUCGGAAUAUGUGUUCUACCUCGACUGAUCGCAUAAUACGGAUCACCAGACUUGCUAUACGGAUGACAAUUUGCCUCAUCGUGGGGGCCUACUCUUCAGCAUUCCUUGUCAGUAUAUUCCAGUGUACGCCUAUCAGCAAGGCCUGGAACAAGAAGGUGGGCGGUACCUGCGUCGAUCUGGUAGCGUUUCGCAUGAGCACUGCAGUAUUCAAUCUGGUCACCAGUGUCUUGGUGAUUGCUAUUCCCAUUCCAGCUCUCGCCAAACUCAAGAAACAUCGUCCGGAGGUUAAGCAACUCAUCGGGUUGAUUCUCUUGGGACUUGUCCAUACUGGUUUGACCAUCACUCGGUUCGUCAUAAUGUUCUACCCGAAUCCCCUUGUCAAAACCGAGCCCCAGUACGCGCACAUCUUCCCCAAUGUGUUGGGGAUCAUCGAGAUGCAUACUGGCAUACUGGUCGCAACAUUGGUCGUCAUGCGCCCCGCAUUCCACGCCAUCCAUAAGAUCAUCAAUCCAUUCUACAGGGCUUACGGCGUGGCGUCACACUACGAAACGCGGAACAGUCAUGGAAUUGGCAGCUCGCAUCUGACUGAAUCAAGCAGAAAGCAGCUCAAGAAGAAGAAUCAGUUCAGUAUUCUUGAGACAACUGAGAUUCUGAUUAUGGAGGAUGUGGCUGAGCCGGGUGUUGGUGGGCAAGUGAACGACCGCGGAUCAGACUUUUCGACUGAAAUUCACGGGAACAGUCAAACAAAGCUAUGA